GUUUAUUUAUUAAUAAGAUUUCUGUCUGGUUUAUUUUCGUAUACGUGUAUACAGUUCUGUGGCUAUAACUUUAUUUGGAAAGCGGCUUGAAAGAGUAAGGCAAGCAUGGAGAAAUCGAGAAUUCCUCGUUCAUCAUUCACGGGAUGGAAGGGGGCUUCCAGUCCCCAGCCAGCCAGAAAGGUCACUCAAAUGGGGAUUUACCAUCAGAUGUCACCCAACGACAAAGCCCAGAAUCAGGAGAAUGGAUAUUGCAGAACAACUCAGUGUGACAGGAACAUGAUCUGUGGAACGGGCAGUGUGUCGUUCUGUGUGUCCUCCGCGGGAGGUGACAGUCACUCUAGGCAUGUUCCGAACCUCACCGGCGAGAUAGCUGCUAAAACCCAUUCAAGUUCGGCAGAGAGCAGGGAGAGCAGCUACAAUAGAGUUGUGGCUAAAGGAAACCACGGUAAGACAAGACGGGAAUCCUGCCACAAUGGAAUCGCUGACAGAGACCAUAACACCAGCGGUAUCAGCGAAAUAACCGUGCUGCUUCACAAUGGAAUAGCAGAUAAAGAGAUCAGCGGUGGCAGGGAAGACGAGAUUGGGGGUGGAGGUGGUGGUGGUGGUGCCAGUGUUGUGGAUUAUACGGAGUACCCCAUCAGAGGUACGAUAUCACCCUUGUCGAGCCAGGGAGUAGCCAAGAGGUCUGCUGGGGUGGUGGACGAAGUGUCGUUUGUGUUUGGCCGUCCAGCCACACCCAUCACCAGUGUGAGUGAGAGAAGGUGUUUGUCACCCACCGUGAUUGAGAAAGAGUCUGCUGCUUCAGGUGAGAAACAGCCCGUUUCACAUAGUGAGAAACUGUCUGUCUCACAUAGUGAGAAACAGGCCUUCUCACACAGUGAGAAACAGACUGUUUCAUAUGCUGACAAACAGCCCGUCUCACAAUUUGAGAAACAGCCCAUCUCACACAGUGAAAGACAGUCCAUCUCACACAGUGAAAGACAGUCCAUCUCACACAGUGAGAGAGGAUCACCACUGUUGGAUAUUUUACCACUGCGGCAGACGAGGAGUGUGGGUGGACUGCAGUGUCAGAGUUCGGGGGAGCGCUACAUCGACACCUCGUGGACAGAUUCUAGCGGGGGUUCCAGCACGCUGGGCAGCAUGGUUCGGAGUGGAGUACUGUGCCAACACUGUAAUGGAUGUCUCGUGGAUCUCAAGAGACAGGCCCUCAGGUUGAUGUUUCCAGACAACAUGUCAAACGGAACUUCUCUCAUCAAAAGUUUACCUCUGGAGAAAAUACACGACAAACUUCAAGUGCCUGAUUCGUUUCGCAAGCACCUGAGUGCACGCCACGUGUGUGCGGUGUGUGAGACGCAUGUGAGACAGCUGAAGCAGGAGGCCAUCUCGAUGAUCCAGUCCAUCCAGCAGGCCCAGUCCUCCUCCGCCAGUCCCGCCAGCAUCCCCGUACUGAUCGGGUCCUGUAACAUCAUGUCCACCCACCAACCUAACAGGUUGAUGCGUCAGGGAAAGUCGGCCUAUAGCAGUGCUUCGGGGACGGGAUUACCUAUAGCCGCUCAAGCCCAGGCCUACCUCGAGCAGAAUGUCCGUGCGUGGAUGAACCCAAAAAAGUGCAGUCAGAUGAUUGUGAACCGAUCUGGUGGACAGGAUAAACUGAGUAACUCCGACAUCAAGUCCAGCGACAUGAAUGGUCAUGUAAAUGGUCAUGUCAGCAGUCAUGUUAACGGUCAUGUUAAUGGUCAUAUGACAGGCUACGCACACCGCCCGGGAAUGGCUCAGGCUCUUCACCACACGUCCAACCCACACUGGCACCAGACAGCAGGGCAGCACCUACAGCAGAGCGUGCCCCUCAGCCCCGGAUCACCGCCCCCUCAUUAUGCUCACAGUAGGAUAUCAUCAAGUCCAAGCUCACCCCCACCCAACCCGUCAGCUGCUGUGUCUUUCUUCGCAAGAGCUGCUCAGAAACUAAGUAGGAAGAAGAAGCGACAUCAACCUCCCGAUCCCGAACCUCCGCCUUUUCCGACGAGUUUCUGUGAAGUGAUCCGCCUCAACCCCCCACCUGCACCACCAUGCUUGUUCCGAUGCAAUGGUCGCCUUACCAAUCCUGGACUGGGCAAGGUCAAAGUGAUGCUGCGUCUUGUCCACACCUCAGGCCAUGGGGAGCAGGGUACCUCCUUCCUGAAUGUUGAUCCACGAAAGAAGCAGGUCACGGUUUAUGACCCCUCUGCUGGUGGCUACAUGACAACAGCCAAUCGCAGAGCUGGAACUGCAGCACCAAAAAUGUUUGCCUUUGACUCUGUGUUUUCACCAGAUGAUUCCUUGGCUGAGGUGUGCGCUGGAAGUCUUCCCGAGAUCGUGCAGUCUGUUGUAAAUGGUGCUGAUGGGUGCCUUUUUACAUUUGGCCACUCCAAGCUAGGUAAAUCAUACACCAUGAUAGGCCGAGAUCAUUCUCCUCAAACACUGGGCAUCGUACCUUGUUCCAUUGCCUGGCUCUUCCGUCUGAUAAACGAACAGAAGGAGAAGACGGGGGCGAGGUUCUCUGUUCGAGUCUCGGCAGUGGAAGUCACUGGGAAACAAGAGAUUCUGCGAGACCUGCUCGUUGAUGUUGCUCAAAGUCAGGAAGCAACUGGAGUUGGCACAGCACCCGGCGUGUACCUGAGGGAGGACCCGAUCUGUGGUACCCAGCUGGAGAACCAGAGCGAGCUGCGUGCCCCGACCGCAGAGAAGGCUUCAUACUACCUGGACGCUGCCCUAGCGUCGCGGGCACCCAUCGAAGACGACGGAAGGUCCUCCCACGUGCUGUUCACACUGCAUGUCUACCAGUACCGCAUAGAGAAAGCAAACAGAGCAGGGCUGCCUGGAGUUGCCGGAGGUCGAAGUAGACUGCAUCUGAUUGAUCUGGGCAGCACAUCCAAGUCUAAAGACCCCAACAAUGUGGGACUCAGUCUGUCAGCGCUGGGCAACGUCAUCAUGGCCUUGGUGAAUGGCCAGCGUCACGUUCCUCACAGAGACAGCAAGAUCGCCCAACUUCUGAGGGAUUCACUAGGUAGCAUGUCUUGCCGCACGUGUAUGAUAGCCCAUGUGUCGGCUGGGGUCCCACAUUACAACGAAACGCUGCAGGUCAUUCAGCUGGCGGCACGCAUACACAGGAUGAAGAGACGUCGUACCAAGUUUUCAAGCACCAGUUCAGAAGACAGCUCCACGGACGAGAGUUGUCACUUUCGGAGGCCCUAUCGAGGAUUGCGAAUGGGCACGCUGCGUGAAGACAUCCUGUACUCAUCGUCUCACUCUGACCCGGACUACACAUCCAGCAGUGAACAGUCGUGUGACACAGUUAUCUACCUUGGUGCUAACGGACAGUCGCUCAGCGACCGAGAACUCACAGACAAUGAGGGCCCACCUCGUCACGUUCCUCGCACCAAUCCACGACUUCCGCGGAGACCGAGUGGGUCAAGGUCGUCUGGAGACGAUUCGGACAGUGGGAGAAGUGUGACGUAUUCUGAACCGAGGAACGGGUACGAGUCGCGUCUGCCUGUCAGGGCCUCAACGCCGGUUCGCAAUGUACAGAUUAAUGACAAACCUCAGAUUCAUUCAGCUCCCGGUUCCCCUAGGCCGGGCAUGGCCAUGCCACAUAGAGCUGAUGUACGGACGAAGGCUCUGUUUACCAAGCCCCAGCUACCUAGUGAAAUAAAAGAUAUAAAUUCCCACUGGUCGGAGAAGAUGAGGCAGCACGUCUCUCACCACUUGGGUAAAAAGCACGCAAGGAAUCCCCAAGAGUCUGGACCCAUUCAAGGAGAACAGUGGGUGGACGGGCCAGGUGCUGCCAUAUACCCAGAAAAAAAGAAGUCCAAAGAAUUAUGGGUGGAUGGUCCUCAGGCGUUCAUGGUGGCAUCACCUGAGCCAACAAAAACCGAAAGCAAGCGGUCCGUCAUUAACCGAAAAGUCAGUUCUGAGGAACAGUGGGUUGAUGGGCCACAGGAGAUGAUUGCCGGGCCAAAGAGAGAGGAAGUGCCUGUUCCUUUGCCUGCUCAACCCAUGCAUACCUGCAGCAAACUCGAUUAUUCAUCAGAGUCACCUAAAGGUAGUCCAAAACAUCAGCUCAAAAAGCCAUCUGACAAGGUGCUAAAACAAGCUAUCUCUAAACUUAUUCCUGACGGGAAGGAACGUCCAGAGAGUACUGUUAGUCUUGAAAGCAAUCUCUCAACUAUUGCAGAAGCUUCCGACUCUCGCCCAUCUAGCAUGAUGGAGACAAGUGGACAGAAACCAGAAACAACUGCUGCCAAGCCAAAUUCUGUUCCUGAAACAAAACCAUUUGUAAGAGACUGGGUUCACAAGCACAGACCUGGUAAGGAUCAAGCAGUGCAGAGUGAUUCGGAUACUGGGAUGUUUAUUGUAGACUCUGACAACCGUGUCAUCGGAACUUUGGAAUCCAUGUCGGCUGCCAAAAAGCAUAAAAUGUCUGGAACUUUAGGCAAGAAGCUGCAAGUCUCUUCAUCUUCUCCAAAACAUUCACCUAGGAACUCUCCAGCUAUUGGUAGAAAAACGAAAGCUGAUGCUACCACAGAAACAACAAAGUUGCAGAAAUCUCGGCUUCCUUGCACAACAAAUCCAACAAAUCGUGUGGCUGAGUGGAUCAAAUCUGUCAGCAUUGAAAAUGAUUUGGACAGAGCCACAACAGACUCAUACGAAGUACAGAUGGCUGAUGCAGAAACCAACACUGAGCAUGAUUCAGACUUCGAGAGGAUGGCUGCUUCUGAUGGCUCUGUGAAAGGAUCUGAAAAUCAGCAAUGUGCAACUAAGGAGUCAUUUGUCUCAACUGAACCUGACCCAUGUGCAGUGGACACAAGUUAUGACAGCAGUAUGGACACGGGAGAACUUGCCGAUACUGCUGUAGUCACAAGAGAUUCCAUCUAUGAAAUUGAGGUGGAGGAGCAGCUGGAGGGACUAAAGCGUGAUGGGACGCGCUUACAGAACGAAAUCCCUGAUGAUGAGACCUUCAGUAGCAUCUCUAAAACUGAUACAAAUGAUGACAAUGACAAAGGUGAAUCUCAGUCAGUCAUGGAGUCUGUGACUGAGCAACACAUGCGAGCUCUUACCAGUGGUUCAAGUAGUAUUUCGAAGGGACUUGGCAAGGUUUUAUUUGACAGGGAAUCUUCACCUGUCUUGUCAGAAUACGACAAUGAGCAGAACCUUAAGAAAGAUGUGCCAAUGCCAAUGCUAUUUCGACGGCCUGAUGGCGCAUCCAACCCUAACCUCAUGAAGGAACUGUUCCAGGAGGAGCAGUUGGGCAAGGACAUCUUGAAGCAGAGUUACACACUAAGCAGUGACAGUGUAGAUGGGGUGGUUGCUAGUGUCACAUCUAGUCACAAUGACUCUGGAAUCAGCAGUGUAUCUGACAUACCUACUACCUCAAGUUUUGUGCUGGGACCAUCCAGUAAGCCGGGAAAGACUGGCAGUGACUAUAGUGUCCCUGAAGUGCAAUCUUUGACUCUUUCAGGCACAGUGUGCAAGUCACAGGUCCAGUCCAAGCCACCACUUCCUCAGAAACCAAACGGUUCACCCAAAGCAAGUUCAUUACCCAAACCAUCCAGUCCCUCAAGGCAGCUCGCUUCAUCGUCAAAAAACGUUCUAAAGGACUUGUCCACAAACCAAAACCAGACAAGCAAAACAUCCAUCCCUGUGUCAUCACAUAGUAGUGUUUCUAAAGAGAAGGAAAAAUCAAACGGCAAACAGCAAAAAUCAAAUAGUGCUUCUAGUGUUAAUGGUGUUUCAAAAAAUGGUUCCAAAAAUGGAAAGACUUCAAAUGGUGUUCACAGUAAACUGCCUGUGUUUUCUAGUAGUAGGACUUCAUCUCCAAGUAAGGAUUUAAAACCGAAGAAGGACAAAGACAGUAAGAGUACUAAGUUAGAAAAUGUGCUAGUUUCGGAACUGAUGCUUAAGAACAAAGGCAAUGAUUCAGACAGUGGUAAUGACAGUGGUAUUGUAGCUCAUGAAAAGCUGCUGUCACCGUAUGCCACUGUGACGAAACCUAGGACUCCGAGUCACUCCAGCAGUGGCCAUGGUAGUGACAACAGCAGCACGAUCAGCACGGGCAUUCACUCGCACCACGGUAACAAGUCGGACAAGCUACAUGGAGGAACAAGCAGUGGAUACGAGAGCAUGUUACGAGACAGCGAGGCCACGGGAUCAUCGGGUCACGAAGGCAGUGCAAGCGAGAGCUCACAGGAGCGCAAGAAGGGUUCCAAAAGGAAAGGAACCCGACGAAGUCGUUCUGCUCCCGCCAGGUCUUCAGAGAGUCCCCCUGAGAGCUGCAAACCGAGUCCAUCAGUGGUCCGCAAGAACCCCAGCGUGUCAGCUCGUGCCUGGGUUGAUACCAGGUAUAUACACAAGUCGAAGGAGGAGCCAUUUGAGAUCAAGAAGUACGACAUCAGUGACGUGGAGAAGUUACAGCGAUGGCGGCAGGAAGAGAGUGAGGGUAAGAUAACGGAACAACAGCGAUGUGAACGCAUGAAGGAGCUGCUGUGUAAACAGGAGGAUCUCAAACAAGACUUGUCCACAUCAACCAAGGACAGAAUCAUCAUUGAGAGGAGCACGUGGACCUUCGACUGUAAAUUUCUCAUGUGCUUCUCCUGCAAGUCACGGUCACAGCCAACCGAUGUCUGAUUUCGUCUCAUGAAGUCCAACUGAUGUCUGAUUUUGUCCUAUGAAGUCCAACUGAUGUCUGAUUUCAUCUUAUGAAGUUCAACUGAUGUCUGAUUUCAUCAUGUGAAGUCCAGCUGAUGUCUGAUUUCAUUAUGUGAAGUCCAGCUGAUGUCUGAUUUCAUUAUGUGAAGUCCAACUGAUGUCUGAUUUCAUCAUGUGAAGUCCAACUGAUGUUUGAUUUCAUCAUAUAAAAUACAUCUGAUGUUUGAUUUCAUCAUAUGACAUACAACUAAUGUUUGAUUUCAUCAUAUGACGUACAAAUGAUGUUUUAUUUCGUCACGUGAGAUACAAACAAUGUCUGAUUUCGUAAUGUGACAAACUCUUGGUCCAGACUGCUGCACACUAACUUGCUCGAUUACAUUUGUUUUUAUACUACAGACAUUAGUUAUGAAUCAUAUUAAGUCUUAUUUCUCUUACACUGUGCAUUUUCUUUGCAUUUGCAAAUUUCAAGAUACAUUUCAUUCGCCUCAUUUUUCAGGUCUUGCGAGUUGUUAAUUUAUUGGAUUAGAAUGUCAUUUCUCAAAUCUCAUGUUUGUGAACAUAUAUUUCUGUCCAUUUAAAACAAAAUUCAUUAUCUUCAUUUCAAUUCAAUUAGGUUCAUUUAUGAUUCAAGUGCUUUUUUAAAACAUCUAUCUGUUUUUGUACCUUUUUUUCAUGAUCAACUUGGGAUAAAUCUUCAGGAGUUUGUUGCAUCAAUGAGCUAUGCUAUAUAUUAUGCAAUAUGUACCAAGCAUGUCCAUCAUAUAUCGUAUGCAAUUUGCAUAGUAACAUAUUCGCUGUGACUACAUAUUGGUUAUGUAUACAUUUUUGUGCAUCAUCUGUGGUUUAAAUUAAUUAGGUGUAAAUAUUUGUUAUUUUCUAUGCAAAGAUGUAUUUUGUAGUAAUUUAUAUGCAGAAUUUCAGACUUUGGUGCAUAUUUGGAUGCAAGAAAAAUAAAUACUUGCCAAAAGGUGUCACAAAGUUUACUAAAGUUUACUUACGUGAUGCAGUCCACAGCUAUUGUGCUUGCAUAUUCUGGAAGCUUUUAACAUUAUUCACAAUUUUAUUUUGAGGGGUUUAUACAUUUCAUUAUUGGUUUUCCUAUAUUUUAUUUUGAGGGGUUUAUACAUUUCAUUAUUGGUUUUCCUAUAUUUUAUUUUCAGGGGUUUAU